UCGCCCGUCGAGCACAACUCGCGGUUCACGAUCGACCGGUUCGGUUCGAACGCGCAUAGACGCGUAGUGCGAGAGAGUCCGGAGACGCGGUUCACGCCUCCAGGUCGGGACAGAAGCAGAGCGGACGGGUCAGAUCGGCUCGUCAGAUCUCCCUAGGUUUAGAGAGAAGUUUUCGAGUGUGUUGGGAGUCAACCUCUGUCGGGUCGGGUGAACACAGGCAGGCACCAUGUUCAUGACACGCAGCGAGUAUGACCGCGGGGUGACCACGUUCUCCCCCGAGGGUCGCCUGUUUCAGGUGGAGUACGCCAUCGAGGCGAUCAAGCUGGGCAGCACCGCGAUCGCGAUCCUGACGAAGGAGGGGAUCGUGCUGGCGGUGGAGAGGCGCACGCAGUCUCCGCUCAUGGUGCCGUCGAGCUUGGACAAGAUCAUGGAGAUCGACUCUCACGUGGCGUGUGCGGUGAGCGGUCUGACCGCCGACGCGCAGAGCAUGGUCGAGCACGGACGGGUGCAGGCGCAGAACCACUACUUCACCUACAACGAAUCGAUGCCCGUCCGGUCGCUGACGCAGUCGCUCUGCGCUCUCAGCGCCAACUUCGGGACGGACGACGAGGACAGCAUGUCCCGACCCUUCGGCGUCGCGCUCCUCGUCGCGGGUCACGACGUCGACAACGGCUACCAGCUGUACCACACCGACCCAUCCGGUACCUGGACCGCGUACAAGGCGAAGGCGAUUGGCAGCGGCAGCGAGGGAGCGCAAACCACGCUGCAGGAGGAGUACAAGGACGACAUGACCCUGAAGGAGGCUGAGAACCUGGCGCUGUCCACGCUAAAGGCUGUCAUGGAGGAGAAGGUGAGCACUGCCAACGUGGACAUGGCGUCCGUCGCGCCAAAGUACGAGAUCUACUCGAAGGACCGCAUCAAGGAGAUCAUCGAGAGACUGUGAGUGCUCUGAUUGUCUGCUGAGAGGCGGAGUCCUUUUUAAAUCUCAACCUCAUCUUGUGAUACAACUUUUGAUACU